UGAACGAAAAAUCAUGUCGAAUCAUGUCGCAGUUUCUUGAUUUUUCAACGCUGGGUGUCCAGUGGGUGGUGCAUCAGUAACGGUACAUCGCCAGUGGCAAGAAAGUAGUUUACAAAAAAAUCAACCAAAAACCAAACGAAAAUCGAGAGACCUAAAGACCUUAAGAGUUCUACGCGUCGAAAUAAAUAAACAUAAAUCUUGUGGCAAGCCGUCAGUAAAUCAUUAAAUUAAUAGCCCCACCACACACACACUCACAGCUGUUGUGUGUGCGCCAAAGAAGAAGAAGCAGAAGGAAGUGAAAUUGGCGGCAGUUUGACCGCAACAACAACAAUAACAAAUACGCCUGCAACACUCACAAACGCAAACUCACACGCGUUCGUCAUCAGCCGUGGUCCUCCCCCUCCCCCCACUUCGCCACCCCCCUUCGCCCAUCGAAGCAUUGUGACAUUUGAUUUAUUUGACGUGUGUGUUUUUGAUAGAAGCUCAACACGAAACUGACACACACACACGCAUACAGUCGCCAAAGAAUUUAUUUAGUGAACGAAAAUAAAAUCAGAAUCAGAGUUCUUUUCGCUUUUCGCGCAUGUUUGAAUUGGAAGUGAAGUGUGACAACGGAAGGGAACCAGCAAAAUACAAAUAAAAAUAAAUAAAAACAAAAAGAAAAACAAGCCCUAUCAAUGAGCAGUCGGAAUUAAUUGCCAAACAGCCCAAGUAAUCUAACCUUCGGAGAGUGAGGCCCCGAAUCCGAAUCCAAAUCGAGUUCCCAAAUAACCAAAUAAUUCCAACAAAAUGAUGCUACACGAGGCCGUCAUGCUGGAAAUCUAUCGCCAGGCGUUGAGUGCAAGCGAGCUGGCCAGUCCGCGCUGUCAGUCCCGGGAGUCGAACACAUCAGGUGGAGCGGGAACGGGAUCGGGCGAUGUGCGAUGUCCAUCGAAUGAGUCCCAUUGCUCGGCCAACGAUCGUCUGACCCCGGCUGCCACGCCCACCCCAACGGCCACUCCCAUCUCGCCACACUCGGUGGGUCUUCCGCUGACGGCGACUCUGCCCCCUGCGGCCGCGGCUGCCCUGCUGCCACCCCAAUCCGCCGCCAUGGCUGCUUACCUGGCCGCCGCCCAACAGAAUCACCUGCUUCUCACGAAUCCCUUGGCGGCAGCAGCUUCUUUGGUCCAACAGGCGACGCAGCAGGCGGCGGAGGAGGGGGAUUCCCCGGCCCUGGACUUUAGCAGAAAGCGCCCGACGAGCGAUGGAGAGGAGGAGGACGAGGAUCAGGAUCAGGAGGAGCAGGAGCAGGACCAAGAGCCCGAGCAGGACGGACAGGGACCCUUGGAUCUCUCGGUUAGCACAAGAAAGAGGCAGGGACAGGACUCACCGCCGCCAGCCAGGAAGAUUCCGAGAAGUGUAUCCUCCGACUACAAGUCACCGCUGCCUCCUGGCAGUUGGAUGCCGCCCAUCAAUCCCUACCUGGCGGCUGUGGCGGCCAAAACGGGGGGGCUGGGCAACUCCAAACUGGCGCCCAGUGAAGCCAGCAAGGCGCUGGAAAAGAUGAGCGAGAUGAGUCGCCGCGAGACGCCGCCACCGGUGGCCAGGAGCUCCUCGGGCGGAACGGCCUCUCUGGGAUCGGGAGCAAUCUCUGCAGGAGGAGGGGGAUCAUCCUCUGGUGGGCGACACAGUGCCUGGCAGUCGCACUGGCUGAACAAGGGCGCCGAUGCCGCCAAGGAUGUUUUCAAGUGCGUGUGGUGCAAGCAGAGCUUCUCCACUCUGGCCAGCCUGACCACCCACAUGAAGGAGACCCAGCACUGCGGCGUCCAGAUACCCUCGCCCUCGUCGGCUCCACCUGCUCCACCCCCCGCCAGGCUGCCCACUUCGACCUCCAAUUCGGCCUGCUCCAGCAGCAGCAGCUCCACGUCCAGCUCCUCGAACUCCUCGAAAUCGGAGCUGAACAUGCUGAUUAAGGAGACGAUGCCGCUGCCCAGGAAGCUGGUGAGGGGCCAGGAUGUCUGGCUGGGAAAGGGGGCGGAGCAAACGCGCCAGAUACUCAAGUGCAUGUGGUGCGGCCAGAGCUUCCGGUCGCUGGCCGAGAUGACCAGCCACAUGCAGGAGACGCAGCACUACACGAACAUCAUCUCGCAGGAGCAGAUCAUAUCCUGGAAGUCGGGCGAUGAGCGGGAGAGGCCCUCGAACGGGGGAGCCCCGCCUACAUCCGCAGCUCAUCCUCCGCCUCCUCCCCCGGCGGCGGGUGGAACAGCUCCCUCCGUGAGCGCCGUGCUCACCUGCAAGGUGUGCGACCAGGCCUUCGGAACCCUCAAGGAGCUGAGCACCCACAUGGCCCAGCAGUCGCACUACAAGGAGUCUCCCUCUGCCUCCCCACCUGCUGCUCCCGGCGGUGCUGGGAACUCCAAGAGGGGCAGGCAGAAUCGCAACGAGAAGCGCAAGAAGUCGCUGCCGGUGCGGAAGCUCCUCGAACUCGAGCGUUCCGGAUCGAAUUCCAGCCUGGACUCGGCUCUGAAACCCCUGAGGGACUUUGCUGCCGCCACCAAGAUCACCUGUGAGAAGUGCGGCAGCAAGAUCGAGACCGCUCUGUUUGUGGAGCACAUAAGGAAGUGCCUGGGCGAGAGCAUUCCCAUUCCGCCCAGGCGCUCCGCCGCCGGAGUGGAACGUCUGCCGAGUCCCAGCUCGGGAAUGGGCGGUGAGAAGCCCCCGUCGGUGCUCAACGCCCUGGAGCAGCUCAUCGAGAAGAGCUUCGAGUCGCGGGCGGGAAGAACCAUGACUCCUGGCGGCUACUCCGAGGCCGGAACUCCGCUGGGCGCCAGCAUCCUGAAGCGUCUGGGCAUCGACGACAGCAGCGACUACACGAAACCCCUGAUGGACGCCCAGGCGAUGCACCUGCUCCGAUCCUCCUACGCUUCCCGGGAUCGCAGUGCCAGCGAAUCGAGUUCGGCCAGCAGGGUGGAGUCAUCGUACACCCCGGAUCGACAGCAGGCCACUCCCCGCAGGACGCCCGAUACCCCGGCCCCGCCUCCGCCUCCUCCGCCGCCCACCAUCAAAGCGGAGCCCCCAGAGGCGGAACCUUCGAUGGGUGGCAGCGAUCCGGAGGGCGGCAGUCCCCGGCAGCAGAUCCACGUGAAGAAGGAGUUCAGCAUGGAGGCGAAUCGGGAGAGUCCUCGGUCUGCCGGCCAAUCUCCUGCGCCGCAGGGCGGAGGAUCUGCUCCGGAUAAUGGCAGUCUGCUGGCCCUGAAUUCCAUGUUCGAUCAGUUGAGUGGGGUGGAGAACAACAACAACAACUCGGGACACUGCUACAACAACAACAACCAGCCGAGCGGAAUCUCUACGAAGAAACCAAAGGCCCAUCCCCUGGCUGCGCUGCAGAAACUGUGCGAGACCACGGAUCCUCCGGCCUCGAAUCCUCGCAGCGGAUCCUCCGGCGGGUCCGCAUCCGCGAGCGGAAGCGAUCUGGUGGCCUUCAGCUGGGCCUGCAACGAGGCUGUCCUGAGCGCCAGCAGUGGUGGCUCCGGCGGCGACUCGUCCAUCAUCAAGUGCUCCUUCUGUGAUACGCCAUUUGGAUCGAAGGGCGCCUACCGCCACCACCUGUCCAAGGUGCACUUUGUGAAGGACGCCGGCGAGGAGUCGCCCAGGCUCAAGUCCCCGGCAGCCGCCGCCCAGAGCCCCAAGUCGCUGCCCAUGGCCUCGCCCAAGAGAUCGGCCUCCAGGAGUCCGGCGACAGGAGCCCAACAGCCCCCUCCGUCGCCCACCAUCAAUCCCUACGACGAGAGUCCGCAGUCCAAGUUUCUCAAAUACACGGAGCUGGCCAAACAGUUGUCCUCGAAGAAUGCCUAAAGGAAUCCUAAACUAACAGAGAUGUUGGGUCACCUUAAAAAAUAGUAAGGCCGAGACAACUCUAUUAGCAAACAGAUUGGUUAAAAAGAGGAGCUCUUACAAAGAGGUCAACUAAACUUAAACUAAAGUCAAGCGUAGAAUUAAUAAGAUCUCUUUUUUUUUUAUUUGAAAGUGUACCCAAGAAAGACUCUCUCUAACGGUCUUUAAAAAACAACCUAUUGUCAUAUGUUUCAAAUUUCAUAAUUAUCACAGAAUACUUUUCGUUAAAAAGUUAAAAAUAUGUUAUACUACGGAAAUACUGAUCUUUAAAUUGUUCUAAGAAAUAGUCUUCCUUUCAAAUCAAAUGCAAACCAUCUGUUUGCUAUAGAGAUAUUCGCUUGCAAAGAUCCAAACAGAUUUCAAAAACUCUAAAAUGUAUUUUCCAACUCAAAACGGAUGUUCCAAAAGCUCUCUUCAUUUCUGAUCUCCAUUCUCGCUCUCCCUCUCUCUCUCUGUUACGCUCGCAAAUAUUUUGCAGGCGCUCUCUCUCGCUGCACACCCACACUCUCACAGGGAUUUCCCCUACUUUUGCUGAAUUCGCAAAGGAAUUUCCCCAGUCUCUCCUCUCUCUAAGAUUUGAGUUUCCCCUCGGUCGGUGACGUCACGGCGAUGCUGGUCCGCUUUUUAUUGUUUCCCAAUCGGACAGUCGCAGUCGGCUGUGCGAGCGAGAGGGGGCUAGGCCAGCUGGAAAUUCAAUUACCACCACUUUGACGAACUGCUGUCCAUCAAGGCGCGUCGGACAGAGACGGCCAUAGUAGCAGAGUGACGAAAGGCGACGACACGAGUUCGUCAAACUGCGAUUGGAUGGGGGCGAGAGAGACGGAAAGAGAGCCCAGUGGGUGGGGAUGAGAGCCAGGGAGAGAGCGAGAGAGGGCCACGAUUGAGUGGCAAAUUGGAUUUGGAAUUCGAUUUCGAGUGCAAUUGGAUUCGAAUUGGAGUGCACUCAGAGCAAACGAGUCAAACAUUAUUUAUUUAUUAUGCCGCAGUUCCUGGUCACAAAAGAAUGAAUAAAAGCGUGCCAAAAAAUUCGAAAUACUUAAAUCUAAUAAGCUAAACUAAAACAAUUAAAUCACUACUCCUAAGCAAUUACAAAACAAACGCAACGCAGUAUACGUAAAAACCUAACACUUGAAAAAAAAGAGUUAACCUCAUUGGAUGGAUGCAUUUUUUUGCUUGGAGGAGACUUUUAACGAUGCAUAUAUAGCCCCCGUUCGAAAGAAUGCAUCAAGUACAUGUAAAUACUUAGCCAAUAGCACUUUCCUUCCAUAUGUCUAAAGAUUAUCAAUAUUUACAUAAAGAUAUAGAAAGUCAAAAUCAAAAUGUAGCCACAGCAACGCAUGUAUACGGAAACAAUUUUAAAAAUUAUAUAUAUAUACACCUACGAACUAAAUAUACCCAUGUAUACCGGCAACUCCAGUCUCAACAAUAACUAAGAAUCUUGAAUAUCUAACCUAAGAUUAAACCUAAGAGGAGGAGAAAGUUUGCAGAAUGUAAAACAUUUCAUUAUUAUCAAUACAACAAUCACUAUUGUCGUCGUCUCUCGUCGGGAAUAAUUUAUAUCUAUGAUAUAUGGUAACUAUGUAUACGACUUGUAUUUGAGUUUUUGUGAUAUUAUUUUUAAAACGAAACCGUUCGCUUCCUUUUCGCCACGCCCCCAACAUCCCACAUAUAUCCUGUAACACCUCCCACCCCGCCCCCUAGAUCGUAAGUGUAAGUUAUAUAAAUGCAAUAAAGGCGCAGCAUUCAAAAUACAAUUACCAUGAUUUUCUCUCCACGAACAAGCAAAACCCAAUCGAAUCUGGACU